GGCAUGUUAAAGCCUUGCUGCGAAAAACUGAGUAUGGCUUCAAUAGAGUUUCAUAAAGGUUAUAUAGUGAAUGUUUCCAGAGGUACUACAAAAGCAGAACAUCCUUUUAAUUUCCUUCCUUAUGGUUAAAACUGGACUCCAGUAGCCAUCUGUUCUUAGAGACAUUCAAAAGAGGAUGUUGAGGCUUAUAACAUUGAAAUACCAGAGUGUGGAAAGGACGACCCUCUGUAGCAACAGGAUUCUUUAAGACACUCCUAGAAAAAGUUGGUAUAUGGGACUUAUCGGGUGACAAUUGGAUACAUGGAAAAGAUAAACGACAAUGAUGCCAACGCAAGCAGCAGCCACCAGGCCCUAAAAGGAACCGCCAGAUGGGCUGUGUCACUGGAGAACCUCCUAGAAGACCCAGAAGGAGUUAAACGAUUUAGGGAAUUUUUAAAGAAAGAAUUUAGUGAAGAAAACGUUUUGUUCUGGUUAGCAUGUGAAGAAUUUAAGAAAACACAAGAUAAGAAACAGAUGCAAGAAAAAGCUAAAGAAAUUUACAUGACUUUCCUGUCCAGUAAAGCUUCCUCCCAAGUCAAUGUUGAAGGACAGUCCCGUUUGAAUGAGACAAUAUUGGAGACGCCUCAUCCUCUAAUGUUUCAAAAACUCCAGGACCAGAUAUUCAAUCUCAUGAAGUACGACAGCUACAGCCGCUUCCUAAAGUCAGACAUAUUUCUAAAACAGAAGUCCGAGGAACAGGACGAGAAUUCAUCAGAGGCUCAAUCUGCAGCAAAAAGAGCAUCAAGAAUUUACAACACAUGAUCCAAAGAAGUCUUUUAGGACAAGCAAUGAAAAAUUAACUCAACUCUCAGGAACAGUCUUUGUGUUUAUAACAGUUGCAUUUAAAGCUUGAAAAAGCACAACAUCCUUUUAAGGGAUACUUACCUUUUAAGUGGCUUGAAUGACUAAUUGGUUUUGCAUGAUAGCUAAUACCAAACACCCCUGAAAAGACUGUUUCCUAAACUGCAAGGCUGGGGAAUUCCUAGGUAGCAUGAAUUACUUUCUGCAUUUCACAAGUUAAAAUGCUUUCCAAAACUUGCAUUUUUGUGAGGCAUCACAAACGUACAACAUGGAAGACAGGGUUGCUUUUGCCUUUUGAUAUUUUUUUACCUUUUCUGCUUAUAUAUUUGUGAAUUAUUGGGAGCAGAUAUGGAGUAGCAUUGUAAGUUACUUUCUGGAUGAGUCAUUCAAAGAUGAGUUUACUGAUUAUCAUUGCAGGGCCAUAUGUUUUAGGGUUAAUUCUAAUAAAACCCAAUUUCUAACCCCCCC